GUGGAGCAGGGCCGCGGGCAUGACGGAGGGCACGUGCCUGCGUCGUAGAGGAGGACCCUAUAAAACAGAGCCCGCCACUGACCUGAGCCACUGGCGCCUCCGCAAUGAGAGGGGCCGGCAGGUGUGGACUUUUGCUGGAGAGGAAGACCCUGGCCGGCAACAGACUGCUCUGGAAGCCCACUCCUUGGGACUGGACACCAAAAAUUAUUUUAAGGACUUGCCCAAAGCCCACACGGCAUAUGAGGGGGCUCUGAAUGGGGUGACGUUUUAUGCAGAGCUGCAGGCUGAGGAUGGGCACUGGGCAGGUGAUUACGGUGGCCCGCUUUUCCUCAUACCAGGCCUCCUGAUUACUUGCCACGUGGCACACAUCCCUCUGCCAGCUGGAUACAGAGAAGAGAUUGUGCGGUACCUGCGGCACAUUGAGGACAAGUCUACAGUGUUUGGGACUGCACUCAACUAUGUGGCUCUCAGAAUUCUGGGUAUCGGACCUGAUGAUCCUGACCUGGUACGAGCCCGGAACAUUCUUCACAAGAAAGGUGGUGCUGUGGCCAUCCCCUCCUGGGGCAAGUUCUGGCUGGCCAUCCUGAAUGUUUACAGCUGGGAAGGCCUCAACACCCUGUUUCCAGAGAUGUGGCUCUUUCCUGAUUGGAUGCCUGCGCACCCUUCCACACUCUGGUGCCACUGCCGGCAGGUCUACCUACCCAUGAGCUACUGUUAUGCCAUCCGAUUAAGUGCCUCAGAGGACCCGCUGGUUCAGAGCCUCCGCCAGGAGCUCUACGUGGAGGACUUUGCCAGUAUCAACUGGCCAGCGCAGAGGAACAACGUGGCCCCUGAUGAGCUGUACACGCCACACAGCUGGCUGCUCCGCAUGGUGUAUGCACUUCUCAACCUGUAUGAGCGCCACCACAGCACAGUCCUGCGGCAGCGAGCCAUCCAGAAACUAUACGAGCACAUUGUGGCCGAUGACCGCUUCACCAAGAGCAUCAGCAUUGGCCCGAUCUCAAAAACCAUCAACAUGCUGAUACGCUGGUUCGUGGAUGGGCCAGCCUCACCUGCUCUCCAGGAGCAUGUUUCCAGAAUUCCAGACUAUCUCUGGCUGGGCAUCGAUGGCAUGAAAAUGCAGGGCACCAACGGCUCACAGAUCUGGGACACCUCGUUCACCAUCCAGGCUCUGCUGGAGGCUGGUAUGCACCAAAGACCUGAGUUUUCAUCCUGCCUGCAGAAAGCACAUGAGUUCCUUCGGCUCUCACAGGUCCUAGAGAACCCUCCUGACUACCAGAAGUACUACCGCCAGAUGAGCAAGGGUGGCUUCUCGUUCAGCACGAUGGACUGUGGCUGGAUUGUCAGUGACUGCACGGCUGAAGCCUUGAAGUCUGUGCUUCUCCUGCAGGAGAAGUGUCCCUUUGUCACCGAGCACAUCCCUCAAGGACGGCUCUGGGAUGCCGUGGCUGUGUUGCUGAACAUGAGGAAUCCUGAUGGAGGGUUUGCCACCUACGAGACCAAGCGUGGGGGGCGCUUGCUGGAGCUGCUGAACCCCUCAGAGGUCUUCGGGGACAUCAUGAUUGACUACACGUAUGUGGAGUGUACCUCAGCUGUGAUGCAGGCACUGAAGCAUUUCCACAAGCAUUUCCCGGACCACAGGGUGGCAGAGAUCAGGGAGACCCUUGAGCAGGGUCUGGAGUUCUGUCGGCGGCUGCAGAGAGCUGACGGUUCCUGGGAAGGCUCCUGGGGGGUUUGCUUCACCUACGGCACCUGGUUUGGCCUGGAAGCUUUCGCCUGUAUGGAGCAGACUUUCCGAGACGGGACUGCCUGUGUGGAGGUCUCCCAGGCCUGUGACUUCCUACUGUCCCACCAGAUGGCAGACGGAGGCUGGGGGGAGGACUUUGAGUCCUGUGAACAACGGCGUUAUGUGCAGAGCGCUCAGUCCCAGAUCCAUAACACAUGCUGGGCCCUAAUGGGGCUGAUGGCUGUCAGGCAUCCUGACCUCGCAGCCCAGGAGAGAGGAGUUAGGUGUCUGCUAGAAAAACAGCUCCCCAAUGGCGACUGGCCCCAGGAAAACCUCCCUGGAGUCUUCAACAAGUCCUGUGCCAUAUCCUAUACAAGCUACAAGAAUGUCUUUCCUAUCUGGACCCUCGGCCGCUUCUCCCACCUGUACCCUGAGAGUGCCCUUGCUGGCCACCUCUGAGAGCUCAUUUUCCUACUAGAUCGUGAUGGGGCUGCUGGGUGAUGUCAGCGAGUUCCAGGGAGACCAAGAGUUCCUGACCAUGUGGUGGGAGCUUUUGGAUGACCCUUCCUCAGGAAGUAGCAGGACAAACAGCGAGUCAUAGAGUCUGCCCCGAGCAGUGACUGUGAUGCCUGAGAUCUUCCAGCCAUGACCAGAUUACUGUAAAAACAUAAAUUUUCCAGAAAGGAAAUGUAAAUUGACUUUUAUACAGAAAAUGUUAUUAAAAGUCAGUCAUAUGACCAGCUACCUUAAUAAACAUGUUGGUGCUUAUAGGCAGAAGCA